AUGGAAGUCUGUGACUAUAUCGAGUUCGGUCUCCCCGGAUCCGUGCUGUACCGGGGCUUUCUCCUGUCCGACCCUCCCGCCGGCGCUUCCACCAUUCAGUCUGGGCGAAAUGAGGACGGCACCGUGAUCCUCCACCCAAUCUCCACGUGGAAUGACGUUCCAAUUCGCCCUGCUGACUCAGCUUCGACAGAUGGCGGCAGCGGUGGCUGUGCUGGAGUGUCUUCUAAGUCGACUGCAAGAUUUGGAGCGGCUUCUCAGAGGUCGAUUGCUGAGAGAAGUUGUGCUGUGGACGCUUCAGCGGGUGUGAAUGGGCUUAUGGCAGGCGACAGCAUUUCCAUGGUUUGCUGCACGCCACGAAACUCGUGGGUGCAAAUCGAGGCGGCUUAUAACGAGGCGUGUCAUCCUCUGCGCGUUCGCCAGGUAGACGGGUUACCCGCUCAUUACAGUCACAACCUCGAUUGGAACCUCGGGAUCAUCCCGCAGACGUGCUCCUGCCGCCAAGGCGACAACAUGAUCGAAGGGAAUCCUCAGUCUGAAUCUGGCAAUCGCAAGUCGUGUGACAAGGCAUGCGACAAUGUGGGCGGCAAGGCGUGCGACGGCGCGUGCGACCAGCACGCCCCUUUAGAGGUGAUCGAAAUCGGGCGCGGGGAGGCUCGAGUGGGGCAGGUGUAUCCGGUGAAGCCGCUGCUCGCGUUUCUCGUCGUCAGCCCCGAUCUCAAGUCCUCCUGGAAGAUCGUGGCCGUCGAUUCGUCAGAUCCGAUGGCUGCGGCACUGCUGGAUUCACGAAGUGGUUACCCGGUUUGGCUGGAGGCGAAGCUGCGCCAAAUUGUGGAGUGGCUGAAAUACUACAAGUGUAACACCGUGUUCGAUCCGCCCAGCACCAUUGCGGGUCGUGAGAAGCCAGCGCCCUUGCAUCGCACCAUCGCCGCCAUCAGCGCCGCCCAUGCCGCCUGGACGCACUGCAGCCGCCAAGGCUGCUGCAGCAACACCAGCAACAGCAGCACAGCCAUCAGCAGCAGCAGCGCCAUCAGCGCCGCCCAUGCCGCCUGGACGCACUGCCACCGCCAUGGCUGCUGCAACAGCUAUGAAAUCAGCACCAACACUAGCAGCAGCAUGCCCAGAGACGGCGUUCCGCUGAAGGAUCUGAGGCAGCUCGCGGAACGAACGGCUUCCGCUGCUCUCACCAACGCCAUCUCUGAAUUCGCCCGCGUGCCCUUCGCCCAACCUGCCUCCGUACCUGCCGCCGCACCCACGACUGUUGCUGCUGCUGCUGCUGAUGGGGAGCAACAGCAGCAGGAGAAGCAGCGGCAGCAGCGGCAGCAGCAGCAGCAGCAGCAGCAGGGGAAGCAGCAGGGAAGGAACCCGACAAGGCACUUGCGAUCAUCCUCAUCCGGUGCUCUUGAGAUCUUCUCUGGAACGCUGCUGGAAUCUCCCUCCCCCCUGCAUCGCUCCGCCUCCCCCUUGCGUCACUCCCCCUCUCCCUCUCCCUUGCAUCAAUCCCCUUCCCCCUUGCAUGACGCCUCCUCUUCCCACCUCCGCCAACCCCGCACCCCCUCCCCUGUGUCUCGCUCCGCCUCUGCUUUCCUGCGCCAACCCCUCACGCCCUCCCCCCUGCCUGUCAGAACAUUAUAG